AUGAAGACCUUUGGAGAACUGGCCUCGAAGGCCCGUGCGGCCAUCGAGAGCAAGGACCACGGCGCAUUGGCGGAUCUAAUGGACCAGAACUUCAACCUGCGGAGGAAAAUCUAUGGAGACGCAUGUCUCGGGGCGAAGAACUUGCAGAUGAUCGAACUCUGCAGGCGCUGCAACUGUGCCGUGAAGUUCCCCGGCAGCGGUGGAGCAGUGCUGGGCCUGUGCCGUUCCGAGGAGCUGCAGAUGGCGGUCUUAGCAAUGGACCAACAACAAGCGGCACAGGUCCUCCAGUCGCUCCAGGAACUACAGACCGAGGUCAAUCGACUAAGAGGCCGAGAAGCUGAACUGACAGCACAGGUCGCUUCUUUUGGUGCCGGUUCGGCUGCUUCAGCUGGACCUGGCAGUGCACUGGCACAGUUGGUGCAGUCACAAAAGGAGCUUGUGGACGCCCUUAGAUCGAAAGAACAAGUCCGGUUGGUCGACAACAAGGGCCUUGGCAAGCCCGACAAGUUUGAUGGGACAGCCGAAAGAUUCUUGUCAUGGAAAAUCAAGACGUCCUCCUAUCUUGCAAGUGUUCGCAAAGACAUUCGUGAGAUUCUGGUUUGGGCCGAAGAUUGCGAUCAUGCAAUCACUGCAGAUGACAUCGACAAGGCUUUUGGGAGUCAAGCAGAUGCCAUUGACCAGGUGUCGAACAUCAGUGAAUUGAGACGCGAGCUUUGGGACGCGCUGCUAAUGCUGACAGAGCGUGAGCCCUUUGACAUCGUGCUGAACACCGGGGAAUGCGGCAUCGAAAGCUGGAGAAAGCUCACGCGGAGGUACGACCCAUCCACUGGUGGUCGCAAACGCGCUCUCCUCAAUGCAAUCUUGUCACCGGCUCGAUCCAAGAUGGAAGAUUUGCCGUCCAACCUGGAGAAGCUUCUUGACAGCAUCAGACUUUAUGAACGUCGCAAAGACGCAUCUGGCAACCGAACGAUGUUGGCAGAAGACAUCAAGAUCAACGUGAUUGAACGAUUGGUGCCGGCAGAGCUCGAGCGUCAUCUCGUUCUCAAUCGAGAUCGCUUCAAGACGUUCGAGUCCAUGCUGUCCGAGAUCCAGUCCUAUGUGGAACAUGCCACCGGCAACAAGAUCAAGGUGGUGAACAGCCAGCCCUACGACGCACAUGGCCGUGUGGACGAUCCUAUGGAUGUCGGAAGCUUUGGAAAAGAUGCAAAGGGAAAAGGUAAGGGCAAGAAGGGAGCUGGAGGAAAACCUGGAAAGGGAAAUGCAACAGCUGAGAAGAGAACAUGUCACAACUGCGGACGCCCAGGACAUCUGCGGGCAGAUUGCUGGGCACCUGGAGGCCCCAAACAUAAGGGGACGGGUGGCAAAGGCAACAGCAAUCAGAAUAAGGACAAGGGCAAGGGCAAAGGCAGCCCCGGAAAGCACAAGCAGAAGCCCAAAGGAGGCAAAUCUGUGAACAAUGUCGAACAAGGUGAACCAGAAGCAGAAGACUGGGACGCAGCUGAUGGCGACGAUGGUCAACAAGCAGCAAAUGGUUUAACGCUCUAUGGUGUUGAUGGGCCACCACAUGACGAGGAUGACGACGAAAGUUUCCAGGUCGAUCCCGAGUCCGAGGAGUCGGAAGCCUCGACAAGUCGCAGAAGGUGGUUUUCUUUGCCUCACCCACGUGCGUCAUGGCCGGAAGAGUGGGACGACCCCGACUAUGAUGGACCGAGUGGAUCGAGCACCUCGAACGCCACAGGGAAGACCCAAGAGGGGCAGAAGUCCAAAGAGCUCAACACCAAAGAGAGGCAAAGCAAGCAGAUCAGGGCCAGUCACUCCGGAGUCAGCACUCCGACGCUUUCGAAUGACUUCGAUGACACCACCACCAAGGAGAAGGUUGAGGUGAAGCCACCACCACCUGUCAAGGCAUCAUCGGCAGCUUCGACUUCAGGUUCUCGACUUGUCCAGAUGCUGAAGGCUGCGCUGAGUUCACAAAUCCGCAAAGUCCAAGAAGAAGAUCCUGGUUCAGGAGAUGGCCAGGCAGAUGCGAUGUUAGCGGCUUUGAGGACUAGAUCUGUCAAGGCACCGCACAUCACAAAGCAGAACAUCAGCGAUCCUUCUUUCCACGACUCGAGAUACCAUGCCGAGAUUGCCAAAGGUGUUGCACACAAUGUGGCCUGGAGAAAUGAACGUUUGAGAAGACGUGCAAUCGUCCACCGACGAGGAGGAGUCAAGGAUGAAGACAACUUGGAUGCGGGCAUCGAGACGGUGGUUGUGGGCAAAGCUGGUCAGAGCACAGUGAUAGAGUUUUCAGCGGAAGAGCGGAAAACCUUGAGGCAGUUCCCGGACGACGAGGCCAAGUUGCUGCAGAAGGACCCCAAGAAGAAACCCAUGACCAAGCGUGUUCGAAGCGUUGGGUACAGGGUGAAGAAGAAUCGCAACCGCAAUGUGGCGCGCAAGAUGGCGAGGAAGAACCGACCAGCCUUGGUUCUGAAGGAAAACACUGAAGUGAACGCAGAUGAAGAUGAUGAUGAAAUGGAAGAGGUCUACAUCGAAGAGCCUGAUGAGCCUCGAGACCGACCAGGCAGAGGAGACCCCGAUGGUGGAGCUGGAUCGGCUCCUGCUGCAGUCUACAGCUUGGGGGCCUCUGACGACUGGCGAAAAUGGGAACGAGCAGAGUUGAACAUCGACACCGGUGCUGCCAUCACUGCAGUACCACUUGACUUCGCCAAGGACUACCCGAGGAGCGAGUCCAAUGGAGCAAGCUACAAGGCAGCCAAUGCGGAACCCAUCGAAGAUCAGGGAAGUGUGAAGCUGGUGGGAUACGACGAAUCUGGCAACAAGAUCCCAAUCGAUUGCCGAGUUGCAGAUGUGCAUCGGCCACUUCUUUCAGGUUCCGAGAUCGCCAAGAACUACCACAUCGCCCUUGGACCAUCUUCGGGGAGAUUGAUCCCAAGAAACACUCCUGCGGGACGGGCCUAUUCGAAGGCCAUGAAAGAUCUGAUCCGAGAUUAUGGCGAUUCAAUGCCCAUUGUGCACAAUCGCCGAGGCAUCUAUGUGUUGGACUAUUGGGUGUCACCUUUUCAGGGGCAUCCUCAAGAGGAGUAA